CACUUCCGGUACUCAAAGAUGUUUUGAAAGUGCAGGCAAUGGAAAAUAGUGGUUUAACUGAAGGAGAUUCUGUGCAACAAGAAGGCCAGAAUACAACUGGACUGGAAGUUAUAAACAUACCACUGCUUCAAUUGGAUGGAACAAAUAAUAUAGCCCUAACAAGGCUGCUUGCCCAGCAUGGUAUUACCCUACAGACUGGUCUUAGUGAUGUACAAAAUGGACAGAUUCUGUCUGUUAAUGGUGUAGAAUCUUUACCACAAAACAACAUUGAAGCAUCAAGUCUAAUUGAAAGUACCAAUCAGAUUGUAUUUACUUCAUCAGGAAAUGUGGAAAAUCAAAUUUCAACCAAUGAUGGUCUCCCUAUUGUUGGUAAUCAAAUGUUGUGUGUUCCCAACAUGACCCAGACAUUGACCUUUGUCACUGACUACAUGCCUGAUGUGGUUGCAAAUGGCAAUGUGACAUCCGAUAAUUUUCAUAGUAACAUAAGUCUACAAUACAGAAUACAGCCUUAUGAACCUUAUGAGGAAAAGAAGAUAUUUUCACAUGUAGUUGCAUUUCUGUCAGAGGACAUAUGUGCUGAGAUGUUUACCAACCAUUCUGGUUACUUAAACCAGUUAGAAAAAGGUGAUGUGUUCCAAAUUACAAAACAAGAGGAAAGUUAUACUAUUGCUGGAGAGUUAUGGUCCUUGUUGAUGCUUCAGAAAAGACUACAAAAAUUAUUAAGAACUGGUAAAAAACAGUCAGCAGAAUAUGUGAAACAAGAAUUCUGUAACAAAUGUGUUCAGACUGAGAAACCUAAGACAACUGAUACAGCUGUUCAGACUAACUAUCCAAUCAAAAAACAAGGAUUAGUCAACUGUGGUACAAUGUGUGAAAUUCUGUUACCCUCUGUCACAGCCUUUGGAAGAGAAAUAAAACAAUCUGGGAGGUAUAACACUAAUACUUCCACAUUCCUAUCUCAUUCUGUUGAUGAAGACAUGGAUGAGGAAUAUACACCUAGAACAAACAGAAGAAAAAGGAAGGUACCUAAAAGAACUGUAAUAGCCUAUGAUCAUAGUGAUAUGAAGAUAAAAAAUGACAAGGUCAAACAAAGUCAAAGGAUUAUUGUUGUACAAGAUGAUACUGUCACUGUCAAAGACUGUAACACAAAACCAAAUAGGUCCACCAAACAACCUGUUUUGACAGAAGUGAAGACACAGAUGAAAAGCAUUACAAACAAUCAAGAAAUAAUGACAAAGUCUGAUUCUAGUAUUCAUACCAGAAAUGCGAAGAAAAAUUUUGACAACAAGACUGAGCAAAAAAUAUUAAUACCAGGGACAAAUGAAAAUAAUACUAUGGAAUGUUUUAGUACACAGCCAGUUACAGCUACUAACUUACUGGAUAAUUAUCAGCCUAUAGGAACUGGCAUCAAAUUAGAAGAAAACAAUGACCUUGCUCAAAACUAUGAGUCACAUGAACAUUUAUCUGCCAAUACAAAUACAUGCAAUGAUGCUGCAUUUAUCCAAUCAGAACCUACAAAAUCUAUAGGAGAAGUCUUCAUGGCUUUAACAUCAGCUAGUGAUUAUACACCUAUUACAUCAGAAGACAGUUCAGAGAAUGAUAUAACAAAUGGAACCAUUCUACCUGAUGAGCCAAAUUCUAUACAGAAUAAUUUAGAUAGUACAGAACUAAACACCUUACCUCAAGAAGAUCAAAUUCAAGCUGCACUUAGAGCUAGUCAGAUAUGUUUUGAAGAAGUCCCUGAAUUGCAACCAUCCAAGUCAAAAACAAAUACGAAAAAGAAAUCCAAGAAAGAUUAUGAAGCUGCAACUCCUUUCAAGUUCUUUUGUGAUAAGUGUUCAUUUAAAUCAAAACGUCACAGUCAUUUAAUUAAACAUUUAAAAUUCCAUGAAACUGUUAGAAAAAUGUUUUAUUGUAAACAAUGUAAUUACAAGACAAUCCGAAAUGGGGCACUACGACGUCAUGAAAUGACACACAGUUCAAAUGUCAUGCAUUGUAAUCAGUGUAAGUACACUACGGAUGAUUUUAUUAGUCUUGAUCGUCAUAUGAAAAUCAAACAUGAUUUGGCCAUAUCAAAAAAGAAAAAGAAAACUAUUUAUAAAUGUCCCAAAUGUGAUUACUCUUCAAUGAUGCCUUCACGUUACGCUGCUCAUCUUAGACUUCACAAAGAUCUGAGUGGUUCAGGUAGCAGUGACAUCAUGCUAGCCUUACAACAAUUUGAAGAGAAGACUGAAGAACAGCAGACUUUCCAGUGUAACCUCUGCUCCUAUAAAUCAAUCAGGAAAGAACAUCUGGUUAGACAUGUGAACAAUGUACAUACUGAUCAUCGACCUUUCUUAUGUGAUAUUUGUGGUCAGUCAUUUAAAAGGAAGGAUGCUCUCUCACAACAUAAAAUAACCCAUGUUGAUAAACUAAACAGGAACUAUGCUUUCCACUGUACAGUAUGUAAAAAGCCUUUCAGAUCAAAGACCCACUUGAAUGAACACAUGGCUAUGCAUUCUAACAUCCGUCAGUAUCUAUGUGAUAUAUGUGGAACUUCAUUUAAGACAAAAUCUUGUCAACAGAAACAUAUAAAAUCUAUUCAUCAUAAUCCAAGAUCUUUUGAAUGUAGUUCAUGUCUGAAACGGUUCAACACAAAGUUUGCACUGUUAAGACACCUUAGAAUACAUGAGAAGCCAACAAACAUCAUAACAACCCAGAGUGUUUCCCAUGUUGAGACGGUUGUACCUCAGAUCUUUCAGACACUUGAUUCCCAACCUGCCACUUUAGUACAAGAUAUCAUCACAACAGAGGGGGAAGUUUUUGAAACAACAGAAGACAAUUUACAACAAGUCUUACUUAAAACUAAUGACUCAAAUGAAAGUGCAACAGCUAUAAUGUACCUUCCAACUAGUCUGCAACCAGGUUGUUUCUGAUUCUUUUUCAUUUUUCAGAUCCAAAAGGAUUUAAAUGGGAAAAACACUACAUACAUAUAAGAUAUCUGUUCAAUAAGAUUUAAAGAAAAUGUUUUCUGUUGAUCUAGACUGAUUUGCAUAUUCAUCUGGUUACACAAAUCUUUCCUGCAGGAUACUAUAACACAGGGUAAUUGCUGGUCAUGCAGACUUGCUACCAGAUAUAACCAUUGUAAAUUGAUUUCUGUACUGAUUUAGUUAAUUGAUGUAUGACUGAGAUGAGUAGAAAAAAGUUAUUUAUUUAGUACUGGUAAGUUUUAAUCUAUAAUAGUCUAACUGGGCACUGGGCAGCAACUUGUAUGUUCAUUUUUUACUGUGCUUCCUAUAAUAUCAGAAUAGAAUUGGCAGACACAGGUUAAUUCGAUUGUUACAAUCAUGGCAGGAAGUUUUCUGGUAAUGGUUUAUGAUAGUUAUACAACUUUUGAUCAGUUCUGAAUGUAAUAUUAUUAUAUCUUAGAAAAUUGUACCCCCACUCAAGAUAGUACAGCGAUUCAUAUUGCCAUACGAAAGCAGUGAUAAGGUAUCAGUUUGUCGACAGAAAAAUAGGAACAAUUGAUAUUCCAUUCCAAAUCCAUAAAACAUCUUCUGAAAGUGUUACUGCAUCUGGCUAAUUUGAGAUAAUGACACUGUUCCUGUUUUAUCAAAACAAAUGCUCAUUUUUGAAUAAGAGAAAAGAUUAAAUAAUAAUUUUACUUCUAUGUUAAUUAGAUAUAGUUGUCUCAUAUGUUCGUGGCAGACACGACUCAGAUAUGAAAAGACUAAAAUGCAUAGAACUAAUCUUCCAUUUAACUGUUUAUCAGAUCAACAAUUACACAGGUUUUUCUUGUAUUUGUGUCAAAUUUUACUCUCUAUGUCUCAAAAAGCUUUAUACUGUCUUGAACAGCUGAUAUUUAUGCAUAUCAUUUUCAAAUACUUAAUAGGAUUGUUGUGACUUUUAUUAUCAGAACAUUAACUUUGGUUAUUAAACUAGGUGUAGAUCUGAUAAGCAUGAUGAAAAUGAUCAACAUUGGUUAAAUAUUCUGACAUUGCAGAUGUACAGGUCAGACAUGUUUGACACCUAAAAGUUAUAUAAGGAAGUUCACUACUCUGUUUCAAUAUAAUAAGCUAUAUAAAAGACUGUUAUAAACUGAUAGUAUAUAAAUAAAGGAACUAAAAAAACAAAAAAAUCAUUAUAGGUCCGUGUCUGUUUUUUUGAGGUAUAAGCCAUUGAAAAUUUGGCGGGAUAUGAUUUUCUCUAGAUUUUUCAUACGUUUAACAUUGGCACCUUUUUCUUUCAAAAACUAUGAAAAAAUAACAAGGAUUUGAUAAGAUUUUCAAAAAUGGCUUGUUAAACUCUUUGUGAUUAAAUUAUGAAAAGAAAAAUAGGGGUUAGCAAAAUUUUUAAUGGCACUACAUGGAUAGAACCAGAGGAUUCCGAAUAUCUGACAAAAAGUCAAGAACUAGAGCAGCCAACAUCCUUAAUAAAUAUAGCAAUAAUCUAGGCAGGACAAUUUAGACUUGGUGCAUACAAGGAAAUAUUAGCAGCAGUGACUAUAUUUUAAUAAAGAUGUCUUUUCCAAAGGUGUAUGUUAAAUCGUAUUUGCCAGUUUCAUCCUGUAAUGGCAGGGCUUCAUUAACAUAUUUAUUAUGUAAUUUAAAAAAAUCAGCUUUCAAAUUGUUGUAAUAAUAGUGGCAAAAUAAUGGCACUUAUUAACUAAAUUUACUGCAUUUACAAACAUUACUGCAAAAUACUGCCUCUAGAUCAUUUGGAUUAGAUACAGAAUAUUGUAUACUGUAAAUUCAGAAAUUAUUGUGUGCAUUUAUUAUUGCGAUUUAUUAAGAAUGGACAAAAAUACAAGAUUGAUUAUUGCGAUUUCAGGAAAAACUGCUUACAGAUAUAUUAAUCAGAUAUCAGAAUGCGAGUUCUUAUUAUUGCGAUACUCACCCAGUCGCAUUAUUCACAUUAAUAAAAACCUCACAAUAAUUUUUGAAUUUACAUUAGUAUAUUAGUAUUAUUUAUUUUAAUGAGUUGUUUUACAGCAGAUCUGUUGAUUUAACCUACAUGUUAUAGUUUCUACCUCUGUCUCUUUGUUUUGUUGCUUGAAAUUGAAUAAAGAUGGUAUCUCAA